UUUGUCUUACACCGUUCAAUCUGCAGUUACCAUUCGGAGCCAUAAUCCUUUUAAAUUAAUGGAUUAACCAUUAUAAAAUAGAAAGCCCAAGAAAAACAUCUCCAAUCAAUCCAAAACAUUUAAGCAUUUCUUAGAGGAAAAAGGUAGAAGUAAAUUAUCCAAUAAAGGCCUAUUAAAACUGAAAUGGGCUUAAAGCAAUAUCCACCACUCAUCAAUUAUCCACUCCUUGUAAAAAAAAUUAUAUAAUUCAAAAAGACACAUCUAAGGGGUUGCUCACCUUUUUUUCUGCUAAAGAUUCUUAGCUUGUAGCCACAAAAUCCAAAACAGAGAGAGAAUAUAUAGCUUUUUAUGGAUUCUCUUCGAUUCAACCUUCAGCAAUCUCCCUUUCAGUUGAGACCCAGAAGAACUAUUCGACCAAGAAUCACUAACAUUUCGAACCAAACCGAAGAAACCGAUCCGCGACCACCAUCCUCGGCCGGUAAGAUCCAACGGUUAGUACUCAACAAUGAAGGUCGUACUAAACUCAACGCCGGUCCUGACCGCGAAUUCUAUUCAUACCCACGAUUCGUGAACCACGUCGACGACGGUUUCAUAUCCUCCUUAACGGAUCUCUACAGAAACCGGUUAAGAUCCGGUUCGAUCGUAUUAGACCUGAUGAGCUCAUGGGUUAGCCAUCUACCAGAAGAGGUGAAGUACGAGAAAGUAGGCCUAGUGGGACAUGGUCUUAACGCACAGGAGCUUGCCAGAAACCCUAGACUCGAUUACUUCUUCGUCAAGGAUCUUAACGAGGAUCAGAAACUCGAGUUCCAAGACAAAUAUUUCGAUGCGGUUUUAUGUUCUGUCGGUGUACAGUAUCUACAACAACCCGAAAAGGUGUUUGCGGAAGUGUAUAGAGUGUUGAAACCGGGAGGUGCGUUGAUAGUGAGUUUUAGCAAUCGGAUGUUUUAUGAGAAAGCAAUCAGGGUUUGGAGAGAUGGAACCGAGUACGGUCGGGUGCAACUGGUGGUUCAGUACUUUCAGUCUGUCCAAGGGUUUACUCAGCCUGAGACCAUCCGGCAACAGCCUCCUCUUGGUGGAGGAGCUGAGAAACCGGUUUUGAAUUGGUUUAUGGGUUUAAUUGGUUUAGCUUCUAGGCCGGACCCUUUUAAUGCUGUGAUUGCUUAUAAGAAUUUCAAACCUCUGUAUGAGUAAACCAACAAAUAGUCUAUUAUUUCAUUUGAGAGUAUAAAUGCAUUGUCACAUUUUUUCUAAUAUUACUAUGAAUGGAAAA